AGAGACAAAAUGUAAAGAAGAGAGAGACUCAAUGGAAAUCAUGAAGCUUGAACUGCUCAAUAAGAUGGAACAUGUAAAAAGGCUGUUAAAUGAGGCAAAUAAAGAAAAAGCCAAUAUUAAAGUUUGUAUCCUUCAGGUUCAAACGGAAAAAGAAAGACUUGAAGACAUUUUAAGCAAGAUUUUCUUAACACAUAGUGAACAAAAAGUCAAGGAAGAUGACCUCAGAAGACAAACAAAAGAACUGGAAAUGAAGAAGAAGCAAUUACAGAGUGAAAGAGAAAAAGUGGAGAGUCUGAUGAGGAAUCUCAACAAGAAGCAAGAAGAGCUUGAACGUGCAAAGGAAAUCAUGAGUGAAGAAAAAGAAGAGGUGAAACAGAUGAAGACUGACAUUGCCAAAGAACGAGAACUGUUGUUGAAGGAACGGAGAAAUAUGGAAGAAGAGCGGUCUGAGAUGGAAAUGAGAGGAGACCAAGUCAUGGAUGAAAUGAAAUCACUAGAGAUUCUGAAAGUGAAACUUCAACAACUGAAAGAGGAUAUAAAAGCUAAAACGGACAGAUUACUACAAAAUGUUGACAACAGGUCCAUGCUGCAAACAGUGUUGGAAGAAAAACUUACAACUCAAGACAAACAGAAAGAAAACAUUUGCUAUUUCACUGAAAUGUUAGAGACGGAAAGGGAAGGUGUGAGAACUAUCCUUUCAGACAUGAUCACCAAGAGAGAAUGCACAGAAAAAGAAUGGAAGCAGCAGUUUGAACUGGACAAACGAGAUCUUGAUAAACUGAAAGAAGAUCUGAGACAAGACAGAGAAGAUCUGGAGAGAGAAAGUGAGGUGCUGAAUAAAGAGAAAAUGGAUUUGGAGCUGUUGAUGUCUGACAUGAAGAAACAAUUUGAAAUAUUGGAAGAAAAGAGACAAAAUGUAAAGAAGAGAGAGACUCAAUGGAAAUCAUGAAGCUUGAACUGCUCAAUAAGAUGGAACAUGUAAAAAGGCUGUUAAAUGAGGCAAAUAAAGAAAAAGCCAAUAUUAAAGUUUGUAUCCUUCAGGUUCAAACGGAAAAAGAAAGACUUGAAGACAUUUUAAGCAAGAUUUUCUUAACACAUAGUGAACAAAAAGUCAAGGAAGAUGACCUCAGAAGACAAACAAAAGAACUGGAAAUGAAGAAGAAGCAAUUACAGAGUGAAAGAGAAAAAGUGGAGAGUCUGAUGAGGAAUCUCAACAAGAAGCAAGAAGAGCUUGAACGUGCAAAGGAAAUCAUGAGUGAAGAAAAAGAAGAGGUGAAACAGAUGAAGACUGACAUUGCCAAAGAACGAGAA